AUGGAUAAGUCAUGGAUGCACUCGGAUAGAAGAUCGAAGGCAUAUGAGUUAGGGGUGGAAGCAUUUUUGAACUUUUCUGUAGAAAAUCUUCUAACUACCACACAUAUCCGUUGUCCAUGUGUUAAAUGUGUUAAUUUGAAAUUGUUUGGGGUUGGAAUUAUAAGGGAUCACUUAUACUUUAAUGGAGUUGACCAAAGCUAUAAGAAUUGGACAUUUCACGGAGAACCUUGGGAAGCAACUACUAAUGCUAGUAGAAAUGUUGAAGAAGAUGAUGACCAUAGUAGGUACAGUUUUGUGUCUGAAGAAAUAGAGAUGGAUGAUAAUGAUUUUGGUGAUUUUGGAUCUGAUCCUUAUGAGUUUGCCAAUGUGAUUGGGGAUGGAGAUCAACCAUUGUACCCUGGUUGUAGAAAGUACACGAAGUUAUCGGCAUUAGUGAAGUUGUAUAAUUUGAAGGCAAAAUAUGGGAUGAGUGAUGUCUGUUUUACAGAAUUAUUGAUACUUCAAGGCGAUUUGCUUCCAGAAGGAAAUACAAUACCGGCCUCUAUGUAUGAGGCAAAAAAGACUUUGUGUGCAUUGGGGCUGAGUUAUGAGAAAAUGCACGCAUGCCCCAAUGAUUGCAUCUUGUAUAGGAAGGAGUAUGAGGAUUUAACUCAUUGUCCUAAUUGUGGUAUCUCAAGGUGGAAGGAAGGCAAAGAUUCAAUCUUGAAAGAGGGUGUGCCAGCGAAGGUGGUGUGGUAUUUUCCUCCAAUUCCAAGGUUUAAAAGGAUGUUUCGAUCACAUGAGACCGCUAAGAGUUUGACUUGGCAUGCUGCUAGAAAAUCAAUUGACGGUUAUAUGUCUCAUCCAGCGGAUUCCCCGUCUUGGAAACUUCUUGAUGAUAAAUGGCCCGAGUUUGGUAAUGAGCCGAGAAACUUGAGAUUGGCUCUUUCAUCUGAUGGAUUCAAUCCCCACAGUUCUCUAAGUAGCAGAUAUAGUUGCUGGCCAGUUAUCUUAGUUACAUAUAAUCUCCCUCCAUGGCUGUGCAUGAAACGAAAGUUCAUGAUGUUGACCUUAUUGAUUUCCGGUCCUAAACAGCCCGGAAAUGAUAUAGACGUCUACUUGGAGCCUUUGAUUGAUGAUUUAAAAUCUUUGUGGGAUGGGAUUGGAGGAGUGUAUGAUGCACAUAAUGGAGAAUACUUUACACUCAGAGCUGCAUUAAUGUGGACAAUUAAUGAUUUCCCCGCCUAUGGAAACUUAUCUGGUUGUGUUGUUAAAGGAUAUAAAGCUUGUCCAAUAUGCGGCGAUGAUACACCUAGUCACAGGUUGAAAAAUGGCCACAAAAUUUGUUACAUUGGGCAUAGAAAAUGGUUACCGAUCAAUCAUCCAUAUAGGAGGCAACGUGCAGCUUUUAAUGGGAAACCUGAAUAUGGCACGCCUCCCGAGCCAUUAACCGGAGAAGAAGUGCUGCAUAUGGUUGAAGAUGGUGACAGAGUUUGUUGGAAGAAGAAAUCAAUAUUCUUUGAUCUCGAGUAUUGGAAAUACCUUCCUGUGAGGCAUGUCCUAGAUGUUAUGCACAUUGAGAAGAAUGUUUGCGAUAGUAUCAUUGGUACAUUGCUGGAGAUCCCUGGAAAAAAUAAAGAUGGGAUUGCUGCUCGAUUAGAUUUAUUGAACAUGGGGGUCAAAACUGAUUUGCAACCCGAGUAUGGAGAAAGACGUACUCGUUUGCCUCCCGGGCCUUGGAAUUUGUCAAGAGCAGAGAAGAGAGAGGUUUGCAAUUCUUUCUAUGGUAUGAAGGUCCCUGAAGGUUAUUCUUCAAAUAUAAAAAAUCUUGUAUCUUUACAAGAUUCAAGACUUCUUGGCCUUAAAUCACAUGAUUGUCAUACCUUAAUGCAACAAUUGCUCCCUGUGGCAAUUCGUUCUGUUUUGGAGAAGCCUGCAAGUGGAGUGCCUUCAAGCCAAAAGAUGGGAGUUUCAAAGCCAUUAUCAGGUUGCACAGUGAGCGUAGUUGAUCGGGACCUGUUGAACCAAGCACAUCUAUAUGUCUUGGAGAAUACGGAGGAAGUCCUACCUUAUAUCGAGUACGCAACAUAUGAUCCACAUCAGACCGCUUAUCCAAAAUUUAGAAAGAGAACAAAGUGGCUGCAGGAUAAGCACAAUAGCACUUUCAUUCAAUGGCUACGCUUCAAGGUUCAAAGUGAACUUAAUGAGGAAGACAAUCAUGGCGUAUCAGAAAAUUUAAGGUGGCUAGCAGCUGGUCCAAACAUGGCAGUGCCAUUAUAUAGGAGCUAUCUUAUUAAAGGUAUUAAAUUCAACAUCAAGGCACAAGAUGAUGUGCGGACAACUCAAAAUAGUGGAGUUUAUUUACUUGCACAUACUAUGCAAGUUGCUAGUGCCAAGGAUAAAAACCCAAUUCUCUCAAAUAUGGGUUUCUAUGGUGUCAUUCAAGAAAUUUGGGACCUUGACUACCAAAAGUUUACAAUCCCAGUCUUUAGGUGUGAUUGGAUUGAUAAUACUUCUGGUCUUGUAGUGGACGAACUUGGAUUUACCCUUGUAGAUUUGAGUAAAAUUGGACAUAGGAAUGACCAAUUUGUUUUGGCUUCUCAAGUCAAACAAGUAUUUUUUGUUGACGACCCGAUGCAUCGUGGUUGGUCGGUAGUGUUAUCAAUGCCUAAUAGAGAAUAUAAUGAUGUUAUUGGUGAUGAUGUCUUAGGUGAUGUGAGAAUUGAGUGUGAGCCAUUUACUAGGGGGAUGCCAAAUGUUGACACAUUUGAUGAAGUGGUGGUUGAGUUAGGGAGUCAAAAUAUUCGAGAUGGGUGUGAAGAUAUAUGGGUUGAAUGA